AGGUCUAUGGAUAGGCCACCAAGCGUAUUAGAUCCGGAUGGCCUCGCAUUCCUGGACGCAGACGAAGCCUCUUCCACCCUCCACUUGCACCUUGCCAGCCUAGGUCUGACCCCUCCCUCUGCGAGUACCACCUCCAAAGCCACGGGCGGUCUUCCCAACGUUUCCAGCAAGGGCCGUGGGAGAGGGAAAACAGGCGAGAAGCCUGUGGUCACUGCCAUCGUGGAGGACCCAAAAGCGCCUUUGGUCGGGGACCCUGGAGUGACUUUGCCCGGCGGUCCUGCGGCUACUGAACGAUUUUACAUCACCACUGCCAUCAACUACACGAAUGGGAACCCCCACAUUGGGCACGCGUACGAGGCCGUGACGUCCGAUGUCAUCGCGCGUUAUUAUCGCAUGGUUGGGCAGCAAGUCUUCUUCUUGACCGGCACGGAUGAGCAUGGACAGAAGGUGGCGACCACGGCCGAGGGAAUGGGGAUGAAGCCGAUCGAACUGUGCGACAUGUAUGCGGGAAAGUUUCAGGCCUUGAACCAUUCCCUACGCAUCUCGAACGAUUUCUUCGUGCGGACAACAAUGCCGGAGCAUUACGCCUCGGCGCAGGAGCUCUGGAAUCGUUGCGCAGCGGCAGGUGACAUCUACCUAAGCAAGUAUGAGGGCUGGUACAACGUGCGGGAGGAAACGUUCGUCACGGAGAAUGAAGCCAAGCUCGCCGACUACAAGGACCCGGCCAGUGGUCUUCCCCUUAAAAAAAUGGAAGAAACCAGUUACUUUUUCCGCAUGUCCAAAUACCGAGACGCCCUGAUCCAGCACAUCCAAGCCUCUCCUUCCUUCAUCCUCCCCGACACCCGGCGAAACUCCAUCCUCUCCCGGCUGGAGGAGGAAUUGACAGACCUGUCCAUAUCGCGCACCACCUUUGACUGGGGUAUUCCCGUGCCCGAGAAUUUUGCUCCCGCCCACGUCCUGUACGUCUGGUUCGACGCCCUCUCUAACUACUUGACCGGCAUCCGAUGGCUGGAUCCAGCGGCGCCGACUUUCUGGCCCGCGGACGUGCACGUCAUCGGGAAGGACAUCAUAUGGUUCCAUUGCGUGAUCUGGCCGACGAUUUUGAUGUCGGCGAACCUCCCUUUGCCCACGUCCGUCUUCGCCCACGGCUUCAUCCAUGACCGGGACGGGCGGAAGAUGAGCAAGUCUCUGGGAAACGUUGUGGACCCGCACGAGAUGAUUGCCCGGGUGCCCGUUGAUACCUUCCGGUACUACUUGAGCAAAGACCCCUUCGGGGGCGACGUGAAUUUCUCCCCCGAAGCCAUGCUCCAGGCGCACAACAGCGAACUGGCCGACGUGCUGGGAAAUUUG